AUGAAGGUACCGGUACGACAUUUGAUUACAUGCCUUGCUUUUUGCAAUUACCCAGCGUUAAUCGUUGGCUCAAAAUUAUCACCUACCGAUGUUAUGGGUAAAAUCGAAGAUGUUGAAGUGCUCUUCUCCAAAGAGGGUCCGACACCUGUUGUACUUGAACAUUUUGAUCAUAUAAUUAAGGACGUAAGAUUAUACCUGUCGAGUCAAGUUGUCGACUUAGGACACAACGAAUUGAACAAGUCUUUGACACAACUACUUUUCAAACGUGCUUUGAUUGAAAUCAGUCUCAAGAAGGAAGCCUUGGCCAUAGCUGAUUUACAAGAUGUUUUGAAGUUGGAUCCUUUAAUGAAGCCAGCAGAGAACAAGUUGGUGGAUAUAUUGGUAUCGAGGGGAGAUUUUGCUAAUUUGGAACAAUAUUUGAAAGAUGCCAACAUAUCCAGUGAUUCACCUGCUUGGGAAGCGAUCAAGGUAUUUCAGCAUCACUGGACUUUGUCAGAAAAGCUCUUUAAGGAAAAGAAGUUUGAUGAAUGCUUGAAGGAGCUAAAUGAAGUUGCUGUGGUUAGUAAUAACAACUAUGAUGUUUUUGAACUAUAUUUAAGAGCAAGCUUAGAGUUAUUCAAAAAGGAUUCUUUGAAAAAGAUAAAGUAUUUGGAUGAACCAGAGGUUAGGAUCAACAAAGUAAUUGUCUCGCUGCUAUCCAAAUUGAUAAAGAUUAAUCCAGUCAAAAAUCUACAACACUACACAUUAUUAUCAGAGUUUUACCUCAUCACUGAAGUUCAGUUUGAUCAGGCUUUCAAGACGGUAAAGAGUUGCCUAAGAAUUGAUAACGAUUUCAAAGCAUGUGGUGAGUUAUCAAAAUUCUAUUCCAAAUACGCAAAGUUUUUGCAGGAUUUGGAGAGUUAUUCAAUAAAUAAUGGUCACGUCUACCCCCAAUUGGAAGUGGAGCAUCAAAGCAACUUUGACAAAGAACUCAAUGACUUGAAUUUCAAAGAAAUAAAUGACUUUUUAUUCCAUGAUGCUGUUAAAUUGACCAGAGCUGAACAAAAAAGAUCUUUAAAAGUGAAAACGAAUUUUGAUUAUUUGACUGCAAAAGUUAAAGAAUUGGGGUUAUCCAAUAGUGAAUUGUUAUUCAAUAUAGACUUGACAAAAUUGGCUUGUGAAUCAUUUAUCCAAAUUGGUGAUUACAAGGGUGGUAGAGCAGUCUGUAAACUUGUCAAAGAUAAAGAGUUCUUCCCUCUUGCUGUGCCUGAAAUUGAUCAGUUGUUGAAGAAGAAGGAUUAUCAGGGCGCUGAAAAGAAAUUGCUGCACUUUAAUGGGUACGUUAGAAAUACGCAAUUGUACAAGGAGAAAGUGAGACCUAUUGAAGAGUAUCAGGCAAAGAUUAAUCAAGAAAGGCAGAGGCAGCAACAGCAACAGCAACAGCAACAGCAACAGAAUUAUUAUAGACAACAACAGCAGCAGCAGCAGCAACAGCAACAAAGACAGCAAUACCAACAAUUUAGACAACCCCAAAGUAAACCAAAGACUGACUAUUAUAAGAUCUUGGACAUUGGAAGAGAUGCUGAUGACAAAACUAUUAGAAAAGCAUACAGAACACAAACUCUAAAGUACCAUCCUGACAAAUAUAAAGGCACAGAUUUGACUCCGGAACAAAUUGAGCACAAGAUGCAAGAUGUCAACAAAGCAUAUGAGGUGCUAUCUGAUCCAGAGUUGAGAGAACGUUACGAUCGAGGUGAUGACCCUAAUGAUCCAUUAAACGGUGGUGGGCAACCGCAAUAUCGUGGAUCCAAUGGCGGACAACAGUUCUCAUUCAAUUUCGGAAAUGGUGGUGGCGGUGGUGGUGACUUUUUCCAACAGUUCUUUGGUGGUAUGGGUGGUUUUGGUAGUAGUGGUGGUGGUGCAGGAAACCCAUUUGGAACCCACCAUAAGGUCAAGAUUAAAAAGAAUAAAAAGACAAAGAAGAGGGGCAAUUGA